CGUUGCCCUCGGCGUCAAUUAAAAAGACCAACCACUACCAAACAAUCAUGUACUAGACUGCUAGUAGUCUUAACAAAUCCAUUCCCAAUUCAUCAGUUUCCACUCAGAGAAAUUUCCCAGGCACCUCAUCGUUAAUUGUUGCCCUCCCAACUGAAGCUAUGCUAUGACCUCAUCAGUGGCGCCACUGCUUCAACCCCGAGAUAAUUUCUCAAGCGUUAAACUACUAGCAGAAUCACCAGGCCUCGAUUCCAUCCCUUCUAGUUAUGCUUACUUCAACACCCACCCCCAUGAGUCUAUUGCUUCAGACCCUCAAGUUUCAAUCCCCGUCAUCGAUUUUUCACUCCUUAGCUCCAACAAUCCUGAUCAGCGUCUUCAAGCUAUCCGUGACCUUGGAAGAGCAUGCCAAGAUUGGGGCUUCUUCAUGCGCGUGCAGGUGGUGAAUCAUGGCAUACCAGAAAGUCUGAUGAAUGCCAUAUUUGAUGUUACCAACGAGUUUUUCAACUUGGCGGAGGAGGAAAAGAUGGGAUAUGAAACUAAGCAUGUGUUGGAUCCCAUCAGGUAUGGCACCAGCUUCAAUGCUUCCAAAGAGCAAAUCUUCUUGUGGAGGGACUUCCUCAAGGUCUUCGUCCAUCCUGACUUUCAUUGUCCUCGUAGCCCCAGAGUUUUCAGUGAACUUUUGGAGGAAUACGCCAAGAGAACUCGAGGAGUCGCGAGGGAAUUGCUUGGAGGAAUAUCACAAAGCCUUGGUCUAGAAGAAGGAUACAUAGCAAAAUUACUGGAUUUCGAUUCAGCUGUGCAGAUAUACGUAGCAAAUUACUAUCCGCCGUGUCCUCAGCCUGAGCUAGCAAUGGGCAUAGCCCCGCACUCGGAUCAUGGUCUCCUCACCCUUCUCCUACAAAAUGGAGUGGGAGGGCUGCAAAUCCAACACAAUGGGACAUGGGUUAAUGUCAAUGCGCUUCCAAACUCUUUUCUGGUCAAUACCGGUGACCAGCUUGAGAUAGUGAGCAACGGGAAAUACAAGAGUAUUUUGCACAGAGCAGUGGUGAAUAACAAAAUGAAAAGAAUUUCCAUAGCCAUGGUUAAUGGUCCAUCAUUCGACGCAUGUGUUGCCCCGGCCUCUCCCCUGCUGACCGGCGGUCAUGGUAAUCAAAUUCCAGGUUUGUACGCUCCAAUGAAGUACAGGGAGUAUCUGGAGAUGCAACAAGGCAAUAAACUUGAUGGGAAAUCCUGCUUGGAUCGAGUCAAGGUCUCAAUCUGUACUCCUCAGUGAGACUAGCUACAAGCUAGUUCAUCCCUCGUCUUUACAAAUUUUUCUGUGUGCUGUUGGAUCGUGUGAUGAUUUAUAAAGAAAAUGUACAAUGAUUUAAACAAAGCCCAAAGAAAGACCCGACCGAAUAAUAAUUAGUA